UGUCGGGUCUGCCUCUUCUCUCUCACGCAGUUGAAGAGAAACUGGGCGCGUAGGCGAAGGGGAAAUACGCACUCCAGAUAAUGAAAGGAAGACCGACUGUGAGAAACUCUUCGUGUUUUCUCGGUCUCCAUGUAAUAACUCGAAAAGCCCGCCGCUAAACGUUAUUUGGCUGUUCACACCAUGUCUAGGAAUGGUUGGUCCAAGCAUUCAAGGCCAGGGACACAUCUGGGCCCGAGUGAGCCUCUCCUGGGACAGGGCAUCCAUGUACUCCUUUUCUGGACAAAGGAAGGGGAAAGGUAUCUGUUCCACAACAGUGGAGAAGUCACAGCAGAACAGCUGUGCAUCUCAGCUGCAGAGGCUGUAGGGAUAACUCCUCUGUGCCAUGUGUUGUUUGCUCUUUACAAUCCACAAUCAUGCUGCUGGUACAGUCCAAACCAUGUUUUCAGUCCAGAGGACAACUCCAGCCUAGUACUUCAUUACUGUAUGAGGUUUUACUUUCGGAAUUGGCACGGACUGAAUGAGAAGGAGCCCAAUAUAUGUCGUUAUGCCCUUAAAUCUGGAACAGACCAGGGGGGCUCUCCACUGCUCGAAAUCCCCUCCUUAGAGUACCUCUUCUCUCAGGCUAAAUAUGAAUUUGUGAACGAAGUGGUGCCGAUGGAAGAUGUGAAGUCGGAAGAGGAGAUAAGUCGCUUCAAAAACGAGAGUUUGGGGAUGGCUGUACUUCACCUCUCACACCAGGCAAUGCAAACAGGCUGCAGCUUACAGGAAGUUGCAAAAAACACAAGCUUUCUGCGCUGCAUUCCAAGGUCCUUUGCGAAACACAUAUCAAAAGACAACUUCUUGACAAAAAUCCGGAUUCGGCGGGUGUUUGCAGAGUUUGUACAGACUUUCCAGCAGCACACUGUGGAUAAAGGCCGGCUGGGCGCCCAGGAGAUCAUGUAUAAAUACAUUUCUACUCUUGAACACUUGGCGCCACAGUUCGGCACAGAGACCUUCCCUGUGUGCAACCUGGAACUGAGAGAGGAAGGGGAUGGAAGCAGUUCUUACGCUAACACCACCCAUGCUCAGGGUGUCACAAAAGACAACUUCACAGCUCCCACCACACAUGAAAUAAAUGUAUCAGGCACCAAAGGGAUACAGUGGAGGAAGGUGUCCGGACAAAAGGCACAGGCAAACUCUUACCUCAGGAAUGACUCUGCAAACUACAUGAGGAAAACAAAGCAGCAGUCCAGCCCAACAGAACAGAAUGCAAACACUCCCAAUAAAUGGACAUCCUUUUGUGAUUUCCCAGAAAUAACUCACAUAGCCAUUGCUGGAGCUAAUGUAUGCAUUAGCACUCAGGACAACCACUGCUUGGAGGCUCAGAUGAACUCCAGCCAGGAGGCCCGUUCCUUCAUCUCCCUCCUAGAUGGAUACUACCGGCUGACUGCAGACGCCCACCACUAUCUUUGUCAUGAAGUGGCUCCCCCAAGGGUAGUGCUGAGUGAAGCAAAUGGACUGCACGGACCUCUGCAGUGA